GGACAUGGCACGAAUGGCCGUCGAAUUGCAAAGCAUCAAGGGUAUACCCUUAGUUAUUGGGGCAGUUGAUGGCACGCAUAUUCAAAUUACGGGCAUCGAUGCUCAUCGUGCGGACCAUUUCUCGCGUAAACCCCAAUAUGCCAUACAGCUGCAACUGACAUGCGAUGCCCGUUGUGUGAUUUGGGAUUAUUUAAUAGGAUCCCCUGGAAGCGCCCACGACAACAGGGUUUUUGUAAAUUCAAAACUAUACAUGAGGCUAGCAAGCGGGGAAAUAGCGCCAUAGCAACUGGUGGGUGAUGUUGCAU